AUGAAGUGGGGGGCGCAAACACGAGAAGAAUAUGUGCAUGUGCGGGAAGAUGCAGUCUGCCCAGACGUUAACUGCGUCAAGGCCGAGAAAAACGUGACGGAAAGCCGGAAAAAAAACACAAAGGGAAACUAUGAACGAGACAUCGGAUUUGGAUAUGCCGAUUGGCUGGAUAUCAUUUUGAUGAUAAUAGGCUUGAUUGCAGCUGUUGCAAAUGGAACAGGGCUGCCACUUAUUAUCAUUGUCUUUGGAGAAAUGACAAACAGAUGUGUGAUGAUUGGCGAAGCAGUAAAUAUGUCUUCACCUCUGAUGAAUAGUAGCUCUACUUGUCCAGCAAUUCCAGGUUUGGAUAUAGAAGCUGAAAUGACCAGGUUUGCCUACUACUGUGCAGGUAUUGGCUUUGCUAUAGUGAUACAGAGCACCAUCCAAGUCUGGACAUUUUUUACCUCAGCUGCAAGAGAGACAGCGAGAAUCCGUCAAAAGUAUUUUUUUGCCAUACUUUACCAGGAGAUGGCUUGAUUUGAUACCAGCCAGAUUGGAACGUUGAACACCCAACUGACGGAUGACAUUAACACCAUCCACGAAGGCAUUGGAGACAAGUUCUGUAUAUUUGUACAAUUCUUUGCCACGUUUCUGACAGGGAUUGUUAUAGGAUUCGUUUACAGGUGGAAACUGACCUUAGUGAUUUUGUCAGUUAGCCUUCUCCUUGCUGCAGCAGAAGCAGUUGGACCAUUUUUCCUGGCAUCAUUCACUACAAAAGAGUUGACUGUUUAUGCUAGAGCUGGAGCUGUGGCGGAAGAAAUUUUGACUGCUAUCAGAACAGUUGUUGUUUUCAAUGGACAGAUGAAGGCACUAGCAAAAUAUGAUGUUAACUUAAAGAAUGCUAGGAAAGUUGGAGUCAAAAAACCAAUUACCACCUACACGUCUUUGGGUUUCACAGAGUUUAUUUUAUUUGGAGCCUUUGCUCUUGCAUUUUGGUAUGGAACCAAACUCAUAGUGGAGGAGAAAGAGAAUUAUGACAUCAGACGUGUGUUAAUUAUAUUAUUCUCUCUACUCCGUGGUGCAUUCUCUCUCAGCCAGGGCUCCCCACACUUUGAGAGUGUUGCCAAUGCUCGAGGUGCUGCCUAUGAAGUGUACAAGGUCAUCACUAAGGACCGUCUAAUAGAUAGCAAUGCCAAAGAAGGAUACAGACCAGACAAGCUCAAAGGAGAGAUUGAAUUCAAAAACAUUUAUUUCAGUUACCCAUCAAGACCUGAUAUUAACAUUCUCAAGGGCCUGAACCUGAAAGUUCAAUCGGGGAAGACCAUUGCUCUGGUUGACUCCAGUGGCUGUGGCAAAAGUACUGCUAUUCAGCUGCUACAGAGAUUCUAUGAUCCAGUCCAAGGGGAGAUUACCUUAGAUGGACGAGAUAUUUGGACAUUUAAUAUAAAGUGACUAAGAGAACACAUUGGCCUUGUAAGCCAGGAGCCUAUUUUGUUUGCAGUAAUACCCAUUCGCUGUGGCAGAGAGGGUAUUACUGAUUCUGAAAUUGAGAAAGCAGCUAAAGAAGCCAAUGCUUUUGAUUUUAUAUCCAGACUGCCUGAUAAAUUUAACACCAUGGUGGGGGAAACGGGAGCUCAGCUGAGCAGAGGGCAGAAACAGCAAAUUGCUAUUGCCCGUGCCCUGGCAAGGAAUCCCAGGAUUCUGCUGCUGGAUGAAGCCACGUCUGCUCUGGACACUCACAGUGAAUCUAUUGUGCAAGCAGCUCUUGAUAAGGCUAGGGCUGGACGUACCACCAUUGUGAUAGCUCACCGGCUCUCCACAAUCCAAACAGCUGAUAUUGUCGCUGGAUUUCACAAUGGUGUUGUUGUUGAACAGGGAACUCAUGAACAGAAGGGUGUUUACUAUUCUUUUGUGAUGCAGCAGGCUUUUCAAGAAACAGAGCCUGAAAAAAGGAGCAAAAACACCACAUCACUUUCUCUAAUGUUUCUUGUCCUGGCAGUGAUCAGCUUAAUAACACACAUCAUCCAAGGAUUCAUAUUUGGAAAGUCUGGGGAAGUUCUGACCAAGAGAUUGCGAACUUUGUCAUUCAAAGCAUUGCUUCAGCAGGAGAUUGGGUGGUAUGACGAUCCUAAAAAUGCCAUAGGGGUUUUGUUAACCAGACUAGCUACAGAUGCUUCACAAGUCAAAGGGGCUACUGGAAGCCAACUUGGCCUGUUCACUAAGACUGUCUCUACCCUUCUGACAGCCAUCAUUAUUGCUUUUGUAUAUGACUGGCGGUUAACCUUGCUUAUCCUGGCCUGCAUUCCUUUCAUUAUUGCUGCAAAUGCUGUUCGACUGAGCUCUGUGGCUGGUCAUGUGUCAAAAGAUCAAAAAGCUUUGGAAGAGGCCAGCAGAAUUUCAACGGAAGUGGUUGAAAAUAUAAGAACUGUGGCUUCAUUAAGUAGUGAAGAUGCAUUCUGUGAGAGGUAUAAUGCAAGUCUGAAUGGUCCAUACAGGGACUCUCUAACAAAAGCCCUGCUAUAUGGACUUACCUAUGGAAUAGCCCAAUGUGCAACCUACUUUCUUGAGGCAGCAAUCUUCAGAUUUGGGGGAUGGCUCAUUGCUAAUUGUUAUGAUGAACUGAAAGAAGUUUUGUGUUUAGUUUUCAGAGCCUUUUUUACAGUUCUAUUUGGUGCUAUGAAUGUUGGGCAGUCCACUUCUUUGGCACCAGAUUUUGGCAAAGCUAAAGUUUCUGCUCAACGAAUCUUUCAGUUUUUGGAUCGGAAACCCUUAAUUGACAGCUAUAGUGAAGAGGGUACAAAACUGAGUAAGUUUGAUGGCAACACUGAAUUCAGGGACAUCCAUUUUAUAUACCCUACAAGACCAGAAGCUCAAGUUUUGCAAGGACUCAGCGUGAAGGUUAAUAAAGGACAGACGCUGGCCUUGGUGGGGAGCAGUGGCUGUGGCAAAAGCGCAUCCAUUCAGCUGCUGGAGAGAUUUUAUGAACCUGUGGCAGGACAAGGGUUUGCAGAUGGGUUAGAUACGAAGUCUUUGUAUUUGCAAUGGUUAAGGUCCAAAUUGGGUAUUGUGUCCCAGGAGCCUAUUUUGUUUAACUGCAACAUUGCUGAAAAUAUGCAGUACGGAGACAACAGUAGGGUUGUCAGUCAGGAGGAAGUUGAAGAGGCAGCUAAAGCAGCAAAUAUUCACACCUUCAUAGAAAAUCUCCCAGAGAAGUAUAAUACCCGAGUGGGUGACAAAGGAGCACACCUUUCUGGAGGUCAGAAACAAAGAAUCGCAAUUGCUCGUGCUCUAGUUUGUAAGCCAGCAGUUCUGCUUCUGGAUGAAGCCACAUCUGCUCUUGACACGGAAAGUGAAAAGAUUGUCCAGAAAGCCUUGGACGAUGCCAGGAAGGGUCGAACCUGCAUUAUUAUUGCUCACCGCUUGACAACCAUCCAGAAAGCUGAUGUCAUAGCAGUGAUUCAUAAUGGAAAAGUAGUGGAACAAGGGACUCACAGUCAGCUGCUGGCAAAAGAAGGACAUUACUAUGCACUUGUAAAUGCACAAGUUUCUCAUUAA